AUGAACGUAGCAUUACCACCAGCACCUGAACCCCAAUCCCCUCUAGCUCGCUACCGCUUGCUUUCCCCUACGGCAUCGAUCCGUGUCAGCCCGCUAUGUCUAGGUGCUAUGAACUUCGGGGAUGCUUGGAAAGAUUUCAUGGGUGAAUGUGACGAGAAAACCACCGAAGAAAUCCUCGAUUAUUUCUAUAAUCAGGGGGGUAACUUCAUCGAUACGGCAAAUAACUACCAGUUUGAGGAGUCGGAGAAACGCAUUGGGGCAUGGAUGAAGAAACGCGGUAACCGGGACCAAAUGGUCAUCGCAACCAAAUUUUCGAUUAACUUCCAGGCCGGGCCGCGUAGUAAGGGGGGGAUUAUGAUUAAUUUUACUGGCAAUGGUUCCAAGAGCCUCCACGUCUCGGUGAAUGCUAGCUUGGAAAAACUACAGACCAGCUACAUUGAUUUGCUUUACGUACAUUGGUGGGACUUUUCUACCAGCAUCCCCGAGGUGAUGCAAUCGCUCAACCAUCUCGUCGCAGCCGGCAAAGUGCUUCACCUGGGUAUAAGUGACACGCCUGCUUGGGUUGUCAGCAAAGCCAAUGAGUAUGCCCGUCAAAACGGCCUCCGGCAGUUCAGCGUGUACCAGGGUAGAUGGAGCGCGUCACAGCGGGAUUUUGAACGCGAGAUUAUCCCCAUGUGCCGUGCCGAGGGUAUGGCUCUUGCUCCCUGGGGAGCUCUAGGGGGCGGGAAGUUCAAGUCCGAAGAGCAGCGCAAAAGUGACCCCGGGCGCAAAAUCCAAGCUACCGAGGCUGAUAUUAAAGUCAGCCAGGUGCUUGAAGCAGUUGCCAAGCGAAAGAACACUCUCAUCACAAGUAUUGCUCAGGCCUAUGUUUCCAGCAAGGCGCCCUACGUAUUUCCCAUCGUUGGUGGCCGUAAUAUCAACCACCUGAAGGGAAACAUCGAGGCCCUGAAUAUCAAACUGUCUACGGAGGACAUUAAGGAGAUUGAGGCCGCGAUUCCUUUUGAUGUGGGAUUCCCUAACAACUUCCUCUACGGAGCCGAAAUGCCUGAAACUCCUGGCCAGCUAUGGAUCCUGGGUGUGGGUGGUACUAUGGAUUACGUGCCGGAGCCGAAGCCUCUUGGAAGAGAGUAA